AUGAAGCUCUAUCCCUCCAUCAGCCCCGACCUCGCAGACUGGGCUGCCCGCCAACCCGUCUUCUUCACGGCCUCGGCGCCCACUCACCUUCCCCACAUCAACGUCUCGCCCAAGGGCCUCUCCGCCCACUUCGCCGUCCUCUCGCCGAACCUGGUCGCCUACAUCGACCGGACUGGCUCCGGCUGCGAGACCAUUGCCCACAGCUAUGAGAAUGGGCGCCUGACGCUCAUGUUCAUGUCCUUUGGCCCGUCGCCUCGCAUCCUCCGCCUCUUCUGCAAGAGCCGGAUCAUCGAGUGGGACCAUCCGGAUUUCGACUCGUGGAUGAAGCGCAUCGUCCCGCAGGGCGAGGCGGGCAGGAUCUCGUACGACGGUGCGAGGGCCGUUGUCGUUGGUGAUGUCUGGGAGGUGCAGACGAGCUGCGGGUACGGCGUCCCGAUGAUCCGCAAGGAGCUUUACGCGUCGCCCGCCUCUGAAGACGACAGCGACGCCGCCGCCGCCGCCACCCAGGGCAAGGAACGAGACGACAGGCAGGGCGAGCUCUCCGUCUUUGAGGAGCGUCCCACCCUUGACUUUUACUGGAAGAAGCGCGUCGACAACAACACGGUCAACAAGUACCAGGCCGAGACCAACCGGACCUCCAUCGACGGUCUUCCCGGGCUCAGAGCCGCGCGCAGGGACGCCGGCGAGACGCUCUGGGUGGCCGACGCCAAGGCCGCUCUCGGCCGCGCGGUGCGCGAGACGAACGGGGUGCUACUGGGCGUGUUUCUCACGGUUUUCGUUUACUACGCUGCGAUCUGGGGAGCGGCGUGGUGGGCGCGCGCGACGGCGCCCCGGAGCCCGAUUUGGCCAAACUGA